AUGGGUUUCCACAAAUCCUCCAUGGACAUCGAGCUCAAGAAUGGGCAUGUCCUAACCGCGUACUGCCGUCGUCCUUCGGGGGAAGCCACAUAUUCCGAGCUGAAUCUAGAUGAUUUCUUGGGUACCAAGCGAGGCAGAUUUGCCUGGAGCGCUGAAGACUUCUCUGCCCAUGCAUCCAACGUGUUCCUCGAACUUGAGGGUCCAACCCAUGAGCCCAUGCUUCAUGCCGCGUUGGAUGAUGAUGAAGGUGGUCAACAUAUGGACGUUGUGAAUCUGGCGGACUGUAUCAAGAAUGAGAAUGGACGACUCCGUUACAUGGAUUGUUUCUAG